GGCGAGGCCACUUCUUUCACGAGAAUCAAGAUGAAAACAGAUCUCUGUCUUUGACGAGGAAAACCUGUGAACAAUCUCGAUGUCUGGCCGUCGGUCAGCGCCUGCAACGGGUGCGCACGAGAGCGUGUCGUUUAUCCUGGCAGCAUCGACGGCCCGGCCGUGUCACUGCAACGCCGUGACCAAGAUCCUCAGUGACCCCGAUGGAUCAAACCAUCUGCUCACUGCAUCCAGGGGUGAGCAGACAGACAGACAGGCAGGCAGACAGAUCUGCGUCUGUCCAUUGACCAAUGUGAUGUGUGUUGGAUGGUGGCCCACGUCAGAUUCGACGAUUCGGUAUUGGUCUUUGGGUGACAGUGAGGCGACCAAUCAGUAUGUGCUGAUGGAGCACUCACACUGGUACGAAAGCUGACUGACAGACCCGGCUAUGCAUAGUCUCGUGGCGUUUGCUUGUUUGGCUGCAGGGUCAACGAUGCCGUCAUCGUGCCCUCAUACCGCAAAGGUCAGAAAGAGAUAUCGAAGAAUGUCGAUUUAAUCACAUCCGUAGUCCGUCAGGCAGGCACCCAGCAAUGUUUUGUCCUUCUGCCUGCCUGCCUGCCUGCCUGUGUGUAUCAGUGAUAUCGUGUUCAAGCGACAAGCUGAUCAAGGUGUGGGACUUACCCAACGUGCGUGACGUCAAAGACCUCCAACCGGAGGACCGCACCCCCACCCCCACCCCCUCCUCACGACUCCACCCCCCACACACACACCAAGACAGCCACAACAAUGGCGCCGCACCGACUGUCCCUUAUUCCACCUUCUUCCCGCCCUCCCCUCCCGCCCGGCCGCUGGGGGGGCUGCCGAGGGCCUCGCCUCUGGCCGUCCCGCCAUGUCUGCCCGCCAUCGGCACCAUGGCGUUCCAUCGCGACUAUGUGCAGGCACUCGGGUAUGCCUACGACGUGAAUCUGCUGGCGUCUGUCGGCCUGGAUGGCAAGGUCUGCCUUGCCGACGUGACAGUCGCGGUACCGUCGUUCACGAUCCCCCCACUGCCGCUGGAUCCGACGCCGUCGACGCCUCUGGGGGGGCUGUACCCCACCACGCCCUCAUCGCUGCCCGCACGAACCCCGCAGUCCGCCAGUCAGCGAGUGCCGAAGGAGUCCGCUGUGCGAAGGGUAUCAGAGGGGCCCGGCAGGAUACACGCAAGGCCUGGUAGGUACACAGAAUGAUGAGGAAGAAGCGGCUGGUUAAUGGGUCGACAUGAUGGGUUGAUGGACUGCAGCUGGGCGUGUGUGUGUUGCUUGCAGGCGAUGACGGUCCGGCUGUGAUAUCGCCGUCGCAUGAUGAUGUGGUGGGCAGGAGGGCUGCUGCCGGUGGCGGCGGCGUUGUGGGUGUGGGUGUGGGCGUGGGCGUGGGUGGGGGGUCUUCAUCGUCCUCUGCUUGUUCGUCCAAGAGGCACACUUUGGGGCGGUUUUCGUCUUCUGGGAUGUACAUACCCGACUCAGAAGUAUGGAAACACUCCAUCUGGUACAGGCCAAGGACAAACCACGGCACGGCAGCCACCCCCUCAUAUAUUGAUGCUGGCUGGCUGAUGCGGGGGUGAGUGGCUUCAGGUGUCUGGCCAUCAAUCGCCGGGGGUCCGUUCUUGUCUGCGGCACACAGGCCGCAGUGAGAAACAACAGCAUAGAGGAAUGAACAUGGGACGCAUCUGACAGGGCUGAUGUGUGCGUGUGUGUGUGCAGAACUUGGUAGGUUGGGAUUUGCGUGCGGGUCAGGUGAGCUUCAAGCUCAAGGGUCACACGGACAACGUGCGGCAAGUGCUCCUCAGCGAAGACUCGACGCUGGCGGUGACGGGCGGGUCUGACCGUCUCCUCAAGGUGUGGGACCUGCGGACCAAGAAAGUCCUCCACACCAUCACCUCACACACAGACUCGGUGAGCGGAUGGCGAUGGUGAGGGUGGGUGGUGUGAACAGACAUGGAUGCGCCAAAGGCACCUUCCUAUGGGUGUUUGUGUCGUCUGUGUAUACUAGAUCUGGGCUCUGUGGGGCAAGCUGCACAGCCACCCAUGGAUGUGAGCAAGCCAAGCAGACCAGGCAGUUAGCCACUUUCGUUGCCCCUACACCCAUCCUUGCCUGUGUGUGUAUCCCAUCUGUCCGGCAGUUAUUCCGGUGGCCGCGACGGCCGUCUGUUUGCCCACCAUAUGAGCAAGAGGGAGUCGCACCUCAUCGGCCUCCACGACUCGCCCAUCCUCACCGUCACCGGCCCAUCGAUGCCACCCGAUGGCACCAGCACCAACAGCACCAGCACCAACAGCACCAGCACCAGCAGCAGCAGCAGCAGGGUGGGGGCGGUCUGGUGCUCCACGAUGGACUCGAGCGUCCAUCGCUGGGUACGUCAGUCACAUGACGGCAGCAUAGCAUUACACACACCAGGCACGGUAACAUGUCUGUAUAUGUGCCAGCCACACGUGCCGUCAUCUCCUGUGGUGGUGCCCUUCAACCCCCGGCAGGCGUCCGCCAACAACCUGCAGACAUACGACUAUGAUGUACGUGACGUGAGCCAGGGAGGGAGGGAGCUGAGCUAAGCAUUCCACACACAAUUGUUGUGUGUGCUGAUUUGAUUUCUUCUUUCGCAGGAGGCCGAGGUGCAGCAGCAGCUGAAGCCAUCCUACUCCAUCGGUGGAGUCCCCCGUCUGGUGUGCCAGCGUGUGCUGCACAACCAGCGGCUGAUCCUCACCCGCGACCUCGACAAGAGAGUGGCGCUGUGGGACGUCAUGCAGGGCGCUAAGAUCAACGAGUUCGGACAGGAGGAGGACUUCGACAAAAAGGUAAGUUGAGUGGGGGUGAGGGAGGGAUGUCAUGUCACCGCAUCGGUAUCUAUCGACACUACUCAGUUUCUCCGUCUUUGGUGCGUUUGUCAGUAUGAGGAGCUUGAUUCAAUGGUUUCGGUGCCCCAGUGGUUCUCCGCUGAUGUGGCUCUCGGGGUGGGUGAGCUCCACGAGAGAGAAUAUGAGGGUGGCGGAGAAAUGCGGCGUGGCUGCACCUGUCUGUCUAUCAGGCGCUGCGCAUCGAGUUGGACGAGCGUCGGGCCUUCUGUGCAGAGGUUUACGCAUCUGACCUGGGGCUCGGGUCGGCCGACGUCGAACUCAAACGUCAACACACACACACACACACACACGGGCAGACAGACAGCCACACACACACACAGACACAGAGGGAGAGAGCGUGUGUGUGCCGUGUUUCCAUCUCUCUCUAUGGACCUAUUUCUGUUUGCCAAUGUAAUCUGUCUCUCUGGAUGCAAUGCAGUCAACCUCGGUCAGCGUGCCCUGUGUCACCUCUUCGCCCGCUGGUCGAGGUCCACCGGCAUCCGCACAGAGGCAACCACAGCAGACGGCAUCACGCACGGCGGCAUCUCGCCCUCCAAGUUCUACAACGCCGCGCGACAAAGCGGCACGCCAGCAGCAGGGGGGGUGACGGUGGCUGACGGCGGGAGCAACGCGCCAGACCUGACGAUUCUCGCGCUGUCUGGUGAGACGCCCCCCGUGGCUGACGAGAGGGGGAGCAGCGGCCACGGCCAGGGUGGGCGAGAGGGGAUCGCGCGGAAGCACUCGGGCGACGGGAGGCUGGGGCACUCCAUCAAGCCGCCGCUCGUCAAGUGAGCUCUCGGCUGCGAGCAGAUAGAUGGGUGGGUGGAAGGGAAUGAGGCGAGACGAUGGGCGUGUGUGUGUGAAUGGUUGGCAGGUAUGUGGGUUUGUAUGACGGGGGUGAGAGCGAGAAGCGGCUACCGCCAUGGGUAUUCGACUGCGUCUGGAAGGUGAGUGCGUGAGAACCACAACAACCCCAACGGAUCUUACAGUACAUUCAUCCAUCCGUCUCUUCGCGUGUGUCCCUGCCUGCCUGCCUGCCUGCCUGCCCCCCGACAGGGCCACACGCCCCCGCCGCCUCCCUCCCUCGUCUACUUCACCCUCAGGCCGCGAGAGGGCUCACAGCUGCCAGCACUGCAGACGUGAGCAAGACAAGACACCACUACCUAACCUACCACACACAAGUAGUUGACCUGGUGUGUGAUGCCAUCGUCUGUCUAUCUCUGUUGGCUCCCACCCACCCCAGGACACACAAGCUCAGCGCCCCUGCGAUCGUGAGGCUGCGAAAGGUCCGCACCUACGUGGUCGAGCGGCUUCGCAACGACCUGACCAAGCUGCAGCAGCAGGGCGAUAAGGGUGCUGGUGGUGCGGCCAAGAGGGGCGGGCCGUCAGAGAGGGAGGAGCGGAGGGCGAGCACUGGUCCGCUGGAGGAGUUGGUGCGGCUGGCGUGCAAGGGGAGGAUACUCAGCGCCGACAUGAACCUGGCCACCGUCAAGGACUUCAUCUGCAAGUCCCGCACCGACGUCGAAAUCACGUACACUCGGAUCUGUGGAGUGAGGCCUGCGGACAUUCACCCAUAUUCUCCUUCGUGUGUAUGGAUGGUAUGCCUUGGUCAGGUAUCACUCGGUGUUUGACGCCGACGAGACGAGCGGGUCCAUGACACCAUCCUUCCUACCGCUGCAGCGAAAACCGGCAGGCGAGCCUCGCGGAAAGGCCGACCCGCCGCAAGUAUAGCCUAGCCUGUCUGAUUAUUGACUGAUGUCUGGAUGGAUGGAUGGAUGACUGUACGAGUUGCAAUGCGUGUGAAGAGCGUUGUGUGGCGGUGCGGUCGGUUGUUGUUGAGAGACGUCAAGACGAGAGACUGGCCCGUUCGGUCCGGGUAUGUGUGCAUGCAUUUGCAUGCAGACGCUGUUCGUGCUGAAGGCCGUGCAUCGGUCUGUCUGAGAGAGACCCAUUGCACGCGCAAACGUGCAGUCCACUCCACUCACCCAUGCAUGCAGCCUAGUCUGCCU